ACAUUAGCCAUGGAGACGCCGGUGACCUGUUUCGUUUGCCUACUGCUGUUGAUUAUUCGAUCCAUUUCGGGACACGCGAUCGACGAACAUCGCGGUGCAGAGGACUACGGAGCUGACCAGAAAGAGAAUAAACUGCGAGAUAUAAAGCCGGAGUCUGUGUUAAUGGGCAUCGCCAAGACAUUGAUCGGUGGCAAAACGGGAGCGGCCAGUGGUCAAUCGCUCAGCUUGAACAUGUCGAAUAUAGUACUGAUGUUGGUGCUCAGGGGUCUGAUAUGGGGCGUGUCGUACAUGCAAAAUGGAGGCGGUGUCAAAGAAGCACGAAACGAGGAUUCGACCUCGACCGCGGUCGGGGGACUGUUCCAGGACAUGGUAACUGAAACCGACGUGAUGCUGUUCCUCGGAUACCUGGUGGCCGAUGAGUCGGGCCGGUACGAUUGUCUGAACCGAGUGGCGUGCGAGCAACCGGAGCGGGCGGAGAGCUAUCUCAGGACCGCCGAAAUGGUCUGGAAAACUGCGAAAAUGUUUGACGGGGUGAUAACGUUGGACGCGAAGUACGAGAAAACGUUGAACAGAUUGCAAGAGGCCAUCGAGAACGGAAUGGCGGUCGGGGAUUGCGAGUCAAAAUAUAAAUGSUUUGGUCAAACUGUUACCGACAACUUCAAAAUCUAG